AUGCCCCGCAGAGCUGGUGCGGGGCCAGAGCCGUCUCCCAGUAGGGGAGACGUGGGGGUGUCGAGUCCUCCUCCGUCCGGAGGCCGAGGAGACACGCCCCCUGUCCCCUCGGAGACGGGAGAGACGUCGGAUGACCAGAGGACGCUGUGCGAGACCAGCGUUCUGGCCCCUGGUCCCGGAGACCCCGACAGCGUUCUUCCCGGUCCCGGAGACCCGAACCAGCGCCUCUGCCCCUGGUCCCGGAGACCCGACAGCGUUCUUCCCUGGGUCCGCGGAGACCCGCAGCGUUCUUCCGGGUCCCAGGAGACCCGACAGCGUUCUCCCCGGUCCGGAGACCGACAGCGUUCUGCCCCUGGUCCCGGAGACCGACAGCUUCUGCCCCGGGUCCCGAGGCCCGACAGCAUGUCUUCCCCGGACCCCACCUACAAGGCCCCGGACCCCACUGCAGUCAGCCAACCACCAAGACCCCCAGACCCCACUGCAGUCAGCCCCACCACCAAGACCCCCAGAGACCCCACUGCAGUCAGCCCACCACAAGACCCCCGGACCCCACGCAGUCAGCACCACCACCAAGACCCCGAGCCCCACUGCAGUCUGCCCCACACCAAGACCCCCAGACCCCACUGCAGUCCCCCCCAAGCCAGACCCCAAUACAGGCCCCCGGACCCCACUGCAGUCAGCACCACCAAGACCCCCGGACCCCACUGCAGUCAGCCCCACACCAAGACCCCCGGACCCCCACUGCAGUCAGCCCCACCCAAGACCCCACGGAUCCCACUGCAGUCAGCCCCACCACCAAGACCCCCGGACCCCCACUGCAGUCUCCUCCUCUGA